AUGCACUCAUCCCUCGUCGGCCACGUUGCGUCGGGCGCCGGCUUCCUCGUCAUCGGCCUGUGGCAGCUGUUCAACCACAUCCGCCUGUUCGCGCUGCGUCCCAGCUCGUACGUCGCGCCGGUCUGGUUCCCGGCGCGGGUCGUCCGCCACCUCGAGCUCAUACUCAUCAUCGUCGGCGCGGCCACGUCCAUCCUGAUGGAGCUCUUCGUCAGCCCCCGGAAGCACCACCCGUUCGACGACGAGGGCAGCAUCCCCUCCGUCCACCUCCACAACCUGGAGCACGCGUCCAUCGCCCUCGCGCUGCUCGUCUUCGCCGCGGUCACCAUCCACAUGGACAGGGCUGGGGCGCCCAUGCGGGACGCCGUCUCGCAGUUGGUCGCCGCGGCGGCGCUCACGCAGGAGCUGCUCCUCUUCCACCUCCACUCAUCGGACCACGUGGGCGUGGAGGGGCAGUUCCACUGGCUGCUGCAGCCUGUCAUCGCCGUCACGCUCGCCGCCACUCUGCUGUGGUUCCCAUGCCCUCGGAACUUCGCCGUGAGCCUGGUGCGGUCGGCGAGCAUCGUGUUCCAGGGCGUCUGGCUCAUCGUCAUGGGCGUCAUGCUCUGGACGCCGGACCUCGUCUUCAAGGGCUGCUUCCUCAACUUGGAGAAGGACGCGCUGUUGUCCAAUGUCCGGUGCCGCACCGACGAUGCGCUCGCCCGCGCAAAGUCGCUCGUCAACCUGCAGUUCAGCUGGUACUUGACCGGCAUCGUUCUGUUCGUCGUCGUGCUCUAUCUCCAGCUCAACAAGGUGUAUCACGAGGAGCCGCGGUACUUCCCGCUGCUGAAGGGAAGCCACGACGACAGCGACAGCCAUGACGAUCACGAAGAUGGCAAGAACGAUCUCGAGGCCGCGAAAGCAUAG